AAGUAUUGUUUACGUCUAUCGUGAAAGUAGGUCACAGGAAAGUGUGACAGUUAGCUGGUGGACAGGUAGCUUUUACAGAUACAUAUAUUAAGGUGUCAUUCUAAAACCUUCAGGUAUACGAGACUCCAGCGAUCGCAGUGGUGCCCCUGAAAGACAGGUGCGGAGGCUCCUGGUUGGCAUGUCGAGGCGGAGCAGAAACAGCAGGGCAUGGAGGUACGUAUGGAGUGGAAUCCGACGGGAUGCAGAUGCUAGAGCGCUGGUGCUUGCCUCCGAGAAUGACGAGUGGGGUUAUGAUCGCCAGCAGUACAGUGACUCUGAUUCUGAAGCCGAGUAUCCAGCCAUUGUCCCGGCGGUUCCGAGCGCAGUGCCUGUAACCGGAGAGUCAUACUGCAGCUGUGAUUCACAGAUGGAGCUCAGCUGUAACCCACGGCUCCGGGGUUACACACACUUGCGAGACUGCCACUGUGGAGAAGACGACCAAGAUUUUGACUGGGUGUGGGAUGAGGGCAGCCGGUCGUCUGCCACGCUGCUGAGCUGUGAGAACAGGAAAGUGAGCUUCCACUCGGAGUAUAGCUGUGGAACGGCAGCCAUUCGCGGCUCCAAAGAGCUCUCAGAGGGGCAGCACUUCUGGGAGAUUAAAAUGACUUCCCCCGUCUACGGCACAGACAUGAUGGUUGGUAUUGGCACAUCAGAUGUGAAUCUGGACAAAUAUAGACACACAUUCUGCAGCCUGCUGGGUAAAGAUGAAGACAGCUGGGGUCUGUCAUACACUGGUCUGUUACAUCAUAACGGUGAUAAAGUGAGCUUUUCGUCACGUUUUGGACAGGGUUCCAUUAUUGGUGUUCACUUGGACACUUGGCACGGCACCCUCACCUUCUACAAAAACCGCAAGUGCAUCGGUGUCGCAGCUACAGAGAUGAAGAAUAAGCAUGUUUUUCCGAUGGCGUGUUCCACCGCGGCCAAAAGCAGCAUGAAGGUGAUUCGCUCGGUCUCCGCUCCCACCUCUCUACAGUACCUGUGUUGCUCACGACUCCGCAAGCUGCUCCCGUCUGGAGUCGAUGCUCUCCGAGUCCUGCCCCUGCCGCCCGGCCUCAGACACCUUCUUCACUCCAAGCUGGGAUGGGUGCUAAGCCUGGAUCAUAUGCACACGCACUCGAACACACACACCCCGCCAGGACCCUCCUCGGGCAGUGACUCUGAGGGCUGCUCCUCAGACCCCGAGGCCUGUCAGCGGAAACGUUGCCGCUGGACCUGAGUCUCCGUGUACAUGUCCAUUAUGCAUCAUUAUGCACACAUCAGAAAAUGUCUCCACAAAUAUAAAAACCAACAUAUAUAAACACUGGACAUGUGCUGUCAAUCACAGCGGGAGAUAACAGGGCUGGCUGAGUAACUUCAAGGUCAGUCAAGCCUGUUUUACUAGUUGCAUCUUUCAAGCCUCUAAAGGUAGUUUGCUCCAUCAGGUGACAUUUGGAUAUAUAUAACAGUAUUCGUAGUCAGUUUUUAUGAUGUCGUGAACUCCCAGUGGAAUGAAGACCAUCAGUUCUUCAGACAAAAGCAAGAUGUGAACCUCAUGAACUGAUGUGGGGAACAAUAACAUUCCACCAGCUGAAGCGCAGACAAACACUCACACUGUUUGCAUUCACACAAUAAACCCAAACGAUACACCUUGAGUGAACUGUACAUUUCUCCACUACUGCCGUCACUCGGGGGCAGAAAAAGUUACCUGAUCUCUUAUGAAAUAAUGCAUAUUCAUGUCUCAGCACUUCAGAGUCUCAAGGUCUGUUCUCUCUUCAUGUCUGAACAAUCAUUGUAUGUUUUUACUCUAUUCUUGUUUUAUCAAACAACUUGGACUUAGCAACACAACAGUGGCGUCAUGAUGAAUAUCGUCUGCAUAAAUGUGUUUUAAAUACCAUUAUGUUGAAAUGGUGAGGAAAAUGCCUGUGUAUUUUGACAGUUCUUGUCUGUAGGAAUUACUUUGGGCCCUAGUUAUCACUCAAAGUGUGUUUAUGUGUAUCUGAACACAGUAUUUCUGUAGAAAUUCUGUUUCUCUGGAAAUACCUUGCUGCAGUUGUCGAACUGACUGAUGCAAAGUGGAGGCUGAUUCAUGUUCAGUCUGUGCAACAUCUCUACGUGAGGUUCAUACUGAAUUCAUAUAAGGGUUUAUAUGGCAGAUUUUGUAAUUCAUUGUUUAUAAAAGCAAGUCAUGAUUUUGUUAUGCAUAAAGCACUUUUUGCGCUUAUUGUAUGUAUGUAGAAAUAUACACAGGUCCCUAUGCUGUGUUCUACGCAUAUUGUAUGUCCUAAGUGAAUGAGAGCUCGUUCUCUGUCUUCUCUCUUCCUUCUUUCGCUUCUACACCAUACAGUAAGCAUGGCCUUUUAUAUGAGCCAAGACAAAAAAUAUAUGGAAAAUUAUAUAUGCAUUAAAAAGGGGGCUGAAUAUGCUUUUGUUUGUUGUUCUUUAUGAGAUCUUAAUAAUAAAGGUUUCCAAAAAUCAA